AUGCGACGCUUUAGCCUUGGGCUGCUUGCCCUUCUCGGAGCGCUGUGCACAGUGACUUCGAGCGGGCCUCCUGGAUCAGUCGCAGAAGUGCAAAGGGACGGACUCAAGGUCAAGACUCCCCUGCGUCGACUGGCGGAAAAGGAGGAGGAAGCGGCGGCCGAGGUUGCAGAGGAACCCGAGGCAAAGAAAGCCGAGGAGGAAGAGCUUGGCGGAGCAGCCGGAGAGGCUGAAGCUGAAGCAGUUGGAGAAGGAAGUGCAGAAGGUGAAGCCGAAGGAGAGGCAGAAGGAGAAGCAGGCGAAGAGGAAGGAGAAGAGGAGGAAUUUAAAGAAACAGAUAUCGAGGUCGCGCACAUGCUUCUGGGAGCCGUGAUUUUUGUGGUGUCUCUCUUCUACUUGGUGAACUGGAACGACGAUGACAUUCGCUAUUAUUCCAUGAACAUUAUCAGCAUGACGAUGUCGAUUUUCUCUGCGGUGCUCAUGUUUCAGGGCAUCAACGAGCAGAUUCGACGUUUUUCCGUCUCGUAUGCCCACUCCACGAGGGUAUUUAUCCAGUUCCUCCACUGCGGCAUCUAUGUGGUCGCGAUGCAGCUGGUGAUUGGUGCUAUCUCCGGCGUGUUGUGCGGUGGUAAAGAUUCCGGAGACUUCAGAGAGAAGAAGUGGACAAUUGCGGAUGGCUUGAGGUCUGACUACUCUGCGGUCUUGAGCGACAAGGAGGCAGAGUACGUUCGAAACAAAAGGGCGACCAAAAGCGUUUGGAUUGAUGAGUAUGGCGUGGAGACUCCCGUGGUUUAUCAACAGCACAAGCUGGACAUGGCCAAGCGGCGAAUGAGGUGCUGGGCCAUGCUUCUUGCGCACAUGUCUGGCUUUGCGGCUAUCAACUCUGGAGCGCAGCUGCAAGAGGUUGAGGUGUUCCGCACAUCUCCAGGAAUGGCCAUGCUACCAGGUGUGAUUGUGUUCCUCAUCCUCCAGGCAGUCUUCCAGGUUGCCCGCAUGUUCCGCGCCAACGCCAUGGAUAAGAGUGACUCACAAAAGGUGGCUCUCUGCUACGAGUCUGUGGUGGAAGCAGAAAAUGACGUGUCCGCAAUUUCACUGUCAUUCUUGACAGUGCAGGCCUUGCGGUUUGCGGUCGGAGGCAUCAUGCCGAACGCAGAGGGCCAGGAGGUGCCGGAAAAGAUUCACAGCUGGCACGAGAUCGGAAUCCUAUUUGCGCUGGCCGGUGCGUUGUGUUUCGCUGCCAUCGCGCUCUCGCUGAAGCUCUUCAAAGCCAAGGAGGAAGCAGAGGGCGAGCACGAGGAGCACGAGGAGCCUCUUAGUGUUCGUCUGGGUCAAUGCUUGUGCAACUUUCUUGCCAUGUCCUUCGCGUGGCUGGUGCUCUUUGGCUCCAAGUGGUUGGUCCUCAGAACCGGCGCCUUCAACUAUGAGAGCAUGAUUGGACAGGUUGUCGGCGCAUUGUUGCUCUCCAUCGUGUGCGGAUGCGCCGUUUUCCUGCUUGACUUCAUCGACGAUAUGACAAGGGGUUCGGGCAAUGGCGAGGACGGGGCCAAGGCAAUUCGUGUGAUCAUCCAGGCGAUUGCCAUCCUGAUCGGUUUCUCCUGGGAGCACUGCUUCGAUGAGGGUGUGCUUGCAGCCACUUCUCAGGCGGAUCACAAGAGGCUGGCCAAGUUCAUCAUGGGCCUUGUUGUUUUCUUCUUCUUGGUCCCCGCCUGGCGAAGGCACAUUCUGACAAAGGUUAUGGCCUAUGAGGAGAUGAAGAAGCAAAGGGCACAUGUGAGCAAGAAAAAGCUCCGUGCAUCGAAUCUGGGUCAGGCUUUAGCAGGCGUUUUCCAUCUCAGGGACUAG